CUAAGCUGAAGAGAGAACACUCCCCCCUGCUUCCCAUCUUAAAGCAGCAGAAUAAUUUCCUGAGAAUUCUAUUCCUGAAGCUAGGAAGAAAAGCUUAUUUAUACAUACACACAACCUGCAAGUCUCCAGUUUCUAUUCUUCCUUCCUCUCUGACCCUUCCCCUCCCCCACUUUGCACCAGAGAAGUCAGACUCCGGGAGUGCUUUAACAGUUUGAAGGCUAAUCUGAAAGAGGAAGAAGAAUCUGUAUAUCUGUAUAUAUUGGCUAGCAAAUGUGCCCUGCCCUCUCUCCUCUUAAAAAUAGCAGCAACCCAUCUUUGCAAAGAAGCUUGCCUAUAGAGCAGGCACUCUGUGAAUGGACUGUGCUUUUAUGACCCUACAGGGUAUCCAGAUACUGUGCAGCUCACCAACAAGGAUUAGUUGCAAGGACUGGUAGAUCGAAUUUACUGAAGACUUGGAGCUUGCUUCUGAGAAAAAACGCAAAGGACAGUAAACUGUGGACCUUGAAGUUAGCAGCAGGAGGAAGGCGUCUAUUUUGGACUUGCAAGCUGUGCAUGCUGGGAUAAGAAGAAGGAUGAUAUGAGCACUCCCUUGGCCUGCGUGGGCUUCCUCUGAUAUUACACCAUAAAAAGCAUUGAUCACCAUAAGAAGGAACAUUUGUGAAGGUACUCCAGUGCCAGAAAGAGGCACAAAGCAGACAUUCCUAGAGAAACAUGGAUGAAACCGCAAAUGUGACAGUAUCUUCUGCCACAUGCCACGACACUAUUGAUGACUUCCGCAAUCAAGUGUAUUCCACUUUGUACUCUAUGAUCUCUGUUGUAGGCUUCUUUGGCAAUGGCUUUGUGCUCUAUGUCCUCAUAAAAACCUAUCAUGAGAAGUCAGCCUUCCAAGUAUACAUGAUUAAUUUAGCAGUAGCAGAUCUACUUUGUGUGUGCACACUGCCUCUCCGUGUGGUCUACUAUGUUCACAAAGGCAUUUGGUUCUUUGGUGACUUCUUAUGCCGCCUCAGCACCUAUGCUUUGUAUGUCAACCUCUAUUGUAGCAUCUUCUUUAUGACAGCUAUGAGCUUUUUCCGGUGCAUUGCAAUUGUUUUUCCAGUCCAGAACAUUAAUUUGGUUACUCAGAAAAAAGCCAGGUUUGUGUGUGUAGGUAUUUGGAUUUUUGUGAUUUUGAUCAGUUCUCCGUUUCUAAUGGCUAAACCACAAAAAGAUGAGAAAAAUAAUACCAAGUGUUUUGAGCCCCCACAAGACAAUCAAACUAAAAAUCAUGUUUUGGUCUUGCAUUAUGUGUCAUUGUUUGUUGGCUUUAUCAUCCCUUUUGUUAUUAUAAUUGUCUGUUACACAAUGAUCAUUUUGACCUUACUAAAAAAAUCAAUGAAAAAAAAUCUGCCAAGUCGUAAAAAGGCUGUAGGAAUGAUCGUGGUCGUGACCACUGCCUUUUUAGUCAGUUUCAUGCCAUAUCAUAUUCAACGUACCAUUCACCUUCAUUUUUUACACAAUGAAACUAAACCCUGUGAUUCUGUCCUUAGAAUGCAGAAGUCCGUGGUCAUAACCUUGUCUCUGGCUGCAUCAAAUUGUUGCUUUGACCCUCUCCUAUAUUUCUUUUCUGGAGGUAACUUUAGGAAAAGGCUGUCUACAUUUAGAAAGCAUUCUUUGUCCAGCGUGACUUAUGUACCCAGAAAGAAGGUCUCUUUGCCAGAAAAAGGAGAAGAAAUAUGUAAAGUAUAGUUUAAACCCAUUUCCAGUCCAAUCCAAUGAAAAUAGUUUCCCAAAUAAAUAUUUUGCCAAAUCAUUUACAAAAAAAUACAAUUUUUCAUUAAUAUUUUACAAAUACUUAACUAUUUGGGUUUACAAAUCUAUCUCAUUUUUGCAUUCACAUGAUUAGAUAUUUAUAGAUAUUUUAAGUGCUAAAAAUUCAGUCCACAACUAUGAACUAAAUUAUAAAUAAUUUUGACCACUUACCAGAAUUUGGAGAAUAUUUGUAUGUUUGCACUAUAAAAUAUGUCUUAUAUUAAAGUUUUCCUUUUCAAAUAAAAGCUUUACAAAAGAUAAAAUACAUAGAAUUAGUCAAUAUAAAAUAUAUGUAAGCUAAAAGUUACAAAAUAUAAAAAUAGAUAUAAAAUUGGCAAAGAGUUUUCAAUCAUUCUAACAUAUUCCUUUGCAGGCAUGCCAUCGGAUAAGAACUGGAGAUGACUCAGAAGCUAAAUAAAAUGUACUGUCAGCUUUCUUUGUAGUACUGAUUGGCUGGGCAAAUUAGGGCCAUUUCUUCCAAAAGAGAAUGUAAAAAUGGUAGAACAGACUAGUAUUCAGCUAAAUGAUCCUAAAGGCACCAUACAAUGUUCAAUAUGGAAACAGGAGAAAUCUGGUCAAAAGCCAGUUUGUCUCCAGUUUUCUUCUGCCUUUGCCUCAGGCUCCCAAAAUUGAAUAGUGGAGUUUUAGCUGCUCAGUGAGGUUCCUGUAGAGAAUUCUCUCCAUCCAUGACAUAAAAUUCUUCCUUAAGAAGCCAGACAACUGGCAGUCCCUUAUAUAAACAGAAGUAAUUAAAAAUUUAUCUGAAGAAGAGGAAAGGAAAAGGAAUCUACUUUUCUAUAUGCCAAUUGCUGGGAUCAAAAUAAACUACAAGGGAUUGAUGAAGAAAAUUGUGAAUGUUCAUGUUACAAAUUAUUUUAAGAAGUGCAUACAUUUAUGUAUAUGUAUUCAACAACUUUAUGUAAGAGAUUUUCCUCUAUGAUAUGCAUUAUGGCUGAAAGUUCACUAUAAGUUUUAUUAUCGUUUUAUCACUUUUUAUUGGUAUGUUGACAGGAAUAUCAUGGAUAUAUUUACAGUGACUUUUAUAUUACAGUGGACACUUUGAUCUUUAAACAGUCACAACAACUCAUCUAGGGCUGAAAUAUAAUAUUCGUGGACAAGUUUUUGCUGCAGUGUAGUGUGUCCUUUAGCUUUGCCUUUCAAGAGGUACAUUACCUCAAAGGAAAUAAAUGAUAACUAUAAAGAAAAAA